AUGUCACAACAGCCCCAACAAUUUGUUGCGGGCCGUCCCGCCAGCAUGUACACGAUCGAGUCCACAGUCACCCGCUUGCUGGUUGCCACCAAGCAACUGCUGGAAUCGCUGACCCAGUGGUCGCGAAGAGAAGCCUCUGAGCAAGAUGUUUCUGAUAUUUACGUAUCUUUGGGGAAUGAAUUCAACAUUGCAUGCCGUGCAUUUCUUUCUUCAGGUGUUGAAGUUGCCGACCUUGGAGAUGUCCCCCAGGCUUUGCGCGUAAUCCUUGAAAAGGCCCUCUCUGAAGAUGCAUCUCAAGAGAGUCUUGACAAGUAUCUGCCAUCUAUUCGUGAUAUCAUUGUUACACUGCUUCGUCAGCUCAAGCAGAAACAAAUGCUCAUUCGCUCUCAAGCGCAAGCAUCUUCUGCAGCCGCUUCAAAUACACAUCCUAUUCUUCAGCGCUCUUUAACAAACCCUCAUGGUUCUUCUCCAGUCUCUCAAACUCUUCCACCAGGCCCCAGUUUGAACCAACAACAACAGCAGCAGCAGCAACAACAACAACAACAAUUGUCAAAUGCAAAUGGUGCUCCUAUUCCUCCCCCUCCUAGUGGCAUUGUAACAUCCUCUUCUACCCCAGCAUUUCCUUCAACUUCCGAUUAUAACAAUCAAUCUUUUGCAUAUAACCAAUCAUCCCAACAAGGAAUUAUUCCCAGAUCUCAACUGGAAUCUCAGCCUUCAGUCCGAUACUCUGGCCGUCCGGAACCUUCCAGUGCUGCCUCUGCUCGGGUCCCACAACCUCCUCCUCGCAAUGCACAACAUUCACCAACUCACACUACAUUCCCAGCCAUUUCUGUUACUGAUACAGACUCAUCCACAAAACCUUCUUACGCACAGCAUAUCCGCAACAAGUCUUCCAUCACUGGCAGCCGUACCGAUUUUGAUUCCGCAAUACUCCCUCGUAAAGACCCGCUCUCAGUUCUCCAGCGCGGAGAAGCUCUUGAGCGCAGAGCAUCACGCCGAUUUUCUGCAUACCAGUUUGCCAAACUUACAAAUGGCACCUCCUCGCGCUCCGAUAUCCCGGACAUGCCUCCAUUCCCAGGUGGAUCUAACAGUCCUAACCCAGGACUUGGUGGCAUGUCCAUUUCCGGAUUUCAGCGUGGAUACCCAACUUCACCAUCAAUGCCUAAUUUUUCAACGCACUUAUCUCCGCAACAGCCGCAAGCACCUCAAUUACAACCAUCAAAACAACAAGCGCCAAUUUCUACCCAUCCACAAUCACAAUCACAACCUCAAACUCAAACUCAACAACAACAACAACAGCAAUCUGGAUCUCAGUUUUUGCCCACAAAAACACCACGCUCUACACAGCUGGCCGAAUAUACUUCUUCGACCAUGCUGGUCAGCGAUGGUAAUGAAAUUCCCGGUGUAGUUCCAGGCCCCAAACAAGCUUCCACAUUCCCUUCUCAUCAAGAUGCCAGGCCUUCUUCCAGUGCAUCUUCAACAUUACCCUCACUGCAGCGACAGGCACCUCAACCUGGUGUUGUCACCCCUUCGCGGUCAGUUUCUGCACCAACUGGCAGACCACCAUCCAUGAUUCAGCCAGAGCCACCAACACCUGUUUUUUCUCAAUUAGAUCAUGAGUCUCACCCAGAGAAAACAGAUGACACUGGCUCUGGAAAUCUAGUCUUGUUUUUGCAAAUUGGUCGUAGUGUCAAAAAAUGCUUUGUUUCCCGUGAAGAUUUAACCAUCUCAGCUUUGCGUCUUUUAUUCAUUGACAAAUUUGCACAUCCAAUGUCUUCUUCGGAAGCUGUCCCCGAUAUUUAUAUUCAGGACCCUAAAUCCGGAAUCCGAUACGAACUUGAUGAAGAAGUUUUGGCCAAUGAUGUCCAUUCGGGUAGUUUGCUUUCAUUAAAUAUUGAGGCCGUGGAUGAAGUCAAGAAGCAUAUCGAUGAAGGAUUUGCAACUCUUACAAAACAAAUUUCCGAAAUCAGUGACCAGGUUUCAUCACACGGUUCUUCUAUUCAAAAAAUUAAUGAAAUGCAAGAGUCUAUAACUAACCAAUCUGGUUUCAAAUCACCCACUGGCACUGUUUUCCAGGGUUCUUCACCCACAAUUCCUGGAAUACCAAAAAAGUUUGGAGGCAAACCAAGAAUUUUGACAAAAUCCUUGCGCACGGCUUCCAUGCCUGUUACAGAUAGUUUGCGACAAAUGGAUGAUCUUCGUAGAGAUGUUGCUAGCGUCAGACAAGAAAGCAAUGAUACUAUUACCCAAAUUCGUGAAACAAUCACUUCCCUGGUGGCCAAGGCUAAACUUUUGCAAUCAACUGACACUCUGCCACCUGCAGGGGAUUCUUCAAGAGCCUUUAUGGAGCGCUGCUUCAAGAAGCUAACCAGUGACUCUGAUAAACUUUUGACAGAUGUCGAUGAUUUGCAAGAUAUUAUUGAAGAUCUUCGGAAAGAUGUUGCCCAGCGUGGUGUUCGCCCACAGCCUAGCCGCUUGGGAAAUGUUUCCAAGGACAUGGCCACAGCCAAGGCUAGUUUGGAUACAUUCAGCAAGUAUAUUCUUUCAGAAAAGGCUGGCUGGAAGAAGAUUUGGGAGCGUGAGCUUGACAAGAUUUGUGAAGAGCAACAGAUUCUCAAGUUCCAUGAAGAAAUUCUGCUUGACUUGACGGACGAUUUAUCCAAGGCCGAGGAGACGUUUAAUCUUGUUCAACAGUGCUCUACUGAAGCAAUCAAAAACAGUUCUUUCCGACAGGUAUACUUGCCACCUCCAAUUGAAGGCCAGAGUGUUGUACAUGCCAAGGACGCAGUUCUCAGUGAAGUUGUUGCAUUGCAACCUAACCACGAGCGUCGGUUGGAGGCUAUUGAACGGGCCGAAAAAAUGCGCAAGCGAGAGCUUCAGAGCCGCGGCAUUGUUCCAGAUGUGGUCAUCAAGGAGGUUGAAGAGAUGCCUGAGGAGUUUAAAACCAAAAAGAAGCCUACGGACGAUGGUACUACCAAAAAGAAGAAAAAGAAGGGGACCGAUGAUGAAAAGAAGAAGAAGAAAAAGAAGACUAAAAAGAAAACAAAGGAAGAUGGAGAAGAAGGAGAAGGAGAAGGAGCAGGAGCAGGUCUUAAGGAGGAAGCCGAAGAAGAAGGUUCCGAAUCUGAUGACGAUGAAGAGCCCAAGAAGGAAGGUGUACCGGUACCACCAGCCACCCCCCCUCCUCAAGGUAUUGUGCAUGCUUCCAGCAUUGCUCCUCCCGUUCUUGACACUGAGGAAACUUAUACCUCAUCUCCUGUAAUUGUGGAAAAUUCCGAUUCUCUUGUUACAACAACAGGCUCCCCAAUAUCAUCACCAGCUCGCCAAAAGGUCAAGUCACUUUUGAUUGACAGUUCUGAAAGCCUUUCCAAUGUGGAAAAUACAAAAACCUCGCCUGAUUCUCGAUUCAGCAAUGGUUCAAGCGAUGCAACUGCUCAAAUCCAAGGCUCACAGUUGAUGUCACCCGCUUCUGACGCGUCCAGCACAUCCUCAAACACGUAUUUCCAUGCCAGUGGUGAUGGAACAUCGUCUCCUACAGAAAUAAGCAGUGAGAACGGACAUACCCGAACCCAGAAUGUGGGGGAUCUGGGUGGAGGCGAGCUGGCAACUUUCCACUCUGCUACUUCUUCUCCACAUGAAAGUAUAGUGAUGCCAUUAUCGCCGUCCCAGAGCAACUCGCCUGAGCAGGUCAUAAGUUCUGUGCCCAAGCACCAACCGUCCAUUACCGGUAUCAUUGAAGGCGAGGCUGAUCCUAUGACGCCGACUCUUUCAACGACAGAAAUCGUGCCGCCAGGAAAUGGUCAGAAUCCCUUUGCGUAUUAA